AUGCCUCGGCUCUUCUGUUUGUGGCUUGGGCUCCUACUGAUUCGGUUCUCCCAUGAGCUGACGCAGGACUUAAGCAGAGCCAGGAAGCUGUGCGGCCGGCAUCUGCUGAAAGAAAUAGUCAAACUCUGUGGCCAUGGUAACUGGAGCCAGUUCCGUUUCGAAGAGGAAACCCCUUUGGCAGAGCAGAUUUCCCAGGCAUCGGGAAACAUGGACGCCUUCGUCCCUGCCCAGUCUGAAAGCUCCCAUGCCUCUCUUCCGUCGUGGGGGGGAGGCGUAAACCCAGUAUCUUCCAACUAUGAAGAAGCAAUACGCAGUUUGGAGAUGCAGUCACUGCCUGAGUAUCAAUACAAAAAGGCCAGCUCACCUCCUCAUGAAAUAAAAGCUUUUUCUUCCUCUCCUGAUAUUAAUCCAGAUAUUCACAAGAGUAUAAAACUUCAGAAGAAAGGUACAAACAAAAUUAAAACCUUAAGCAUUUUGUUUUGGGGAAAUCAUCCCCAAAGAAGACGCAGAGGAUACUCAGAUAAGUGCUGUCUGAAAGGAUGUACAAAAGAAGAACUAGGCAUUGCAUGUCUUCCCUAUAUUGAUUUCAAAAAUUUAAAAGUGCCAGCACUUGGGACUGAAAUAUUCUAA